AUGUUCACGGAGACGCAGCGCUCAGUCGCUCUCAUCCUGUCAUUGCUGAGCGUCAGUGCACUGUGUUGGCCCUACACCGAGUCGCUCGUUGAUUAUAACUUGAACGAAAACAGAUCGGCGGAAUCGCCGAUUGACUACUGGGGAGAAUGGCCAAAUCAUAAAUACCACCCUUCGCCGGACAACUGGCGUUUCCCCGUCUACACGAUCUUUCUGGACCGAAUCGCGAACGGUGAUCCAACAAAUGACGACAUCAACGGUACCGCUUUUGAGCAUGUACUGAACUCCAACCAGAUGCGUCAUGGAGGGGAUCUGGUCGGGUUGAUUGAUACGCUGGACUAUAUCCGGGGCAUGGGUUUCAAGGGUAUCUACUUUGCUGGAACAGGCUUGAUGAACCUCCCUUGGGCCUACGAUGGCUACUCGCCGGUCGAUACAACCCUGCUGGACAUGCACCAUGGCACACUGCAGGACUGGAGACGGACCAUCACCGAGAUUCACAACCGUGAUAUGUAUGUGAUUAUGGACAAUACGCUGGCAACACUGAGCAACCUGAUCGGUUUCAAAGGCCACCUCAACACCUCAGCCGAUUUCCGACCAGACGAAUAUGAGGUCGAGUGGAUCACGGAUCGUCGGUAUGCCGAUUUUAAGUUCAGCAAUGAGUACAACGAGACUUGCGACUACCCGAAAUUCUGGAAUGAGACUGGCUUGCCGUUGUCAUCCGGCGGGGUUGAGGAAUUGAAGGGUUGCUAUAAUAGUGAUUUUGAUCAGUAUGGAGAACUAGAGGCAUUUGGCAACUUCCCUGACUGGAAGCGCCAGCUCACCAAGUUCGCCUCGGUGCAAGAUCGGCUGCGUGAAUGGCACAAGCCCGUGCGUGAUAUCAUCACCAAGCAUUACUGCAUUCAAAUUGCCAGUUUGGAUAUCGACGGUUUCCGCUAUGAUAAAGCUGUUCAGGCGACCCUGGAGCCCCUGGGUGAGAUAUCGGCGGCAUUCCGCGAGUGUGCAAAGAAAUAUGGCAAGCAUAAUUUCUUCAUACCAGGCGAGAUCACAUCUGGCAAUACCUUCGGCAGUCUCUACCUUGGCCGUGGGCGCCAGCUAGAUCAGCGUCCAGAGUCCGCAGGCGCUGCUGUCAAGCUGAAGAACGAUUCAGACGCUCAAUACUUCCUCAGAGAGGACGGCCACCAGGCGUUGGAUGCAGCCGCGUUCCACUAUACUAUCUACCGUUCGAUGACCCGUUUCCUCGGAAUGGAUGGUAACCUUGUUGCUGGCUUCGACUUGCCUACAGAUUUCAUUGAGGCAUGGAACGGGAUGCUUGUGUCCAACGAUUUCCUAAACCCCAUGACCGGUCAGCUCGACCCCAGGCAUAUGUAUGGUGUGUCGAACCAGGAUAACUUUCGCUGGCCCGCGAUCAAAAACGGUACGGAGAAAUACCUCCUGGGUCUUUUCAUUGUCACGCUGGAGCUCCCUGGCAUUCCCCUCAUCCUGUGGGGUGAGGAGCAGGAUAUGUAUGUUUUCGAUGCCACGGCAACAAACUAUCUCUUUGGUCGGCAGCCGAUGACCUACCAGACCGCAUGGUGGACGCAUGGCUGCUUCAACUUGAAUACAACCAAAUUCUACAACUUCCCAAAUGAAAGGGGUCUGUACGGCUGUCACGACAUCACCGUCACUUACGACCAGCGCAAUCCUGCUCACCCACUCCGCAAUAUCAUGAAGCGCAUGUUCGAAAUCCGGGAGCACUAUCCUGUUGCUAAUGAUGGCUUCUAUCUCCAGACCCUCUCCCAGCUUACCAAGGAUGUCUAUCUUCCUGGUUCAUCGGACACCCCCACAGUGACCGGUCUGUGGUCGGUCUUGCGAAGCUACUUCCCUGAGGUCCAGCCAGAGGCUUCCAAGGGCAACAAUAGUAUUUGGCUUGUGUAUCACAAUGACAACAAGACUGUAACCUACGGUGGUGACUGCAAGAAUCGGAGUACCGCGUUAUUGGCUCCUUACAAGUCGGGAACGAAGCUGAAGAAUGUGUUCGCCCCUUACGACGAGCUCACUUUGGAAGAUGGUCCUGGCGAAAUUGAGGUCCAGGGAAGGAACGAGUCAUACGGUUGCGCUCGCAACAUGACUCUCCUUCCAUGGGAAUACCGAGCUUAUGUGGAGGCCGAUAGAUUUGUUGAGCCUGGUCCCACUGUUACCGAGUUCGUUCCCGGCCACGACGCACGUUUACUGUCCGCGGAGGACACGGGGGAAACCGUCGAUAUUCAGCUUGGAUACUCAAAGGAGAUGGACUGUACCGGCGUGACUCAAGCGAUCUCCCUAAACUCUACCACCGAAAAGGGCAUCACACCGACUCUCGAUACAUCCAGUGUCAACUGCGGCAAGAUCACUCCACGGACAAGCAGUCAUCACUACGUCGGGGAGGUCCCCACUCUCUGGACAUGGUCCGCCAAGCUGAAGAACGUUCACCAUGGCAUCCACGAGCUGACCGUCAAAAACGUUUCAACAACGUCCGGAGUUCGGACCAACGCCGUCGACCGGUUUUUGUUCCGGAUGGGAACUCCAACGAACCCGCUGAUAACCCCUCUCGCCAACUACUCCACAAGCCUUGUGCACAAAUCUGAGGACGGCGACAUUUACAUUCAGCAUGAGGCCGCCGGGGCUGACAUGUUCCGCUACUCGACAACUUUCGGUCGGACAUGGUCAAAUUGGACAACGUAUACCGGUGGGAACACGACGAUUGACGUUGCUCCUUGGACCGGCACGGAUGCUCAGAAAUGGAAGGGAACUCACGUCCGUGUGCAGUAUUUUUCGAGGCUCACCGGUAGUAGUGACUACAUCCAGGAAGGUGACCAUGACUGGCAGGAUGGUGUGCCACGAAGAUUCCCUCAUCUGUGGUGGAACGGACCGUACAAUCAGUUCGGCUACGAUGCUGGACUGGAUAGCAAUAUGAGGUACGACGCCAAGGAGGGUCGCUGGAAGUAUGACUUUGUGUAUGAGUGGCCAUCUACUGGACAGAUCAGUGUUUGGGGAGUGGGACCAGAUGGCCUGCCAGAUCCUACAGAGGUCUAUGGUGACGUGGACAACGCGUCUGUGGUCCAGAAGCUUCCGCCGUCCUAUCUCUCGUCGAACGUGAUCAACAUAACCACGUUGCCUCCAUUUCCGCACCUCGGCUGGACCAUCUCUCUUAAUGAUGCCAACCUUCGAUAUGAGAUGACCCCCGUCGGGUCUGGAUGGGUUCAGCUCGUCCUCUUCAUCCUCCUAUGGGUUGUUCCUAUCCUAAUGGGCCUUGCCGGUGCCUUUAUUUUUAUGAGAACCUUCUACCGCGUCAAACUGAACACGGAUGGCACUGCGGCUAAAGAGGAUAAGCUGCCGCUGCUUUGGCGCAAGGUCAGAGCACAGUUCGCCGGGGAUGAUGACUCGGAAAUGGCGAUAUCCGACAAGGCGGUGCUGCCGGAGAAUGUGGUUGCAGGCGCAGCUGAACAGCGACGUACGGUUUUGAUCGCCACUAUGGAAUACCUCAUCCAGGAUUGGAAGGUCAAGGUCAAGAUCGGUGGUCUGGGAGUCAUGGCACAACUAAUGUCCGAGCACUUGAGGCACCAGAACCUUAUCUGGGUGGUCCCUUGCGUUGGUGACAUUGAGUAUCCCGAAGACACACCAGCGGAGCCAAUGGUGGUCACCAUCCUCGACAAGCCCUAUCUGGUGAAUGUGCAAUACCACGUCGUCGACAAUAUCACCUACGUCCUCCUCGAUGCGCCAGUCUUUCGGCAGCAGACUAAAGCCGAGCCUUACCCCCCACGGAUGGAUGACCUCGACAGCGCAGUCUACUAUUCGGCAUGGAACCAGUGUAUUGCGGAGACGAUCAAGCGGUUCCCUUCUAUCGAUCUCUACCACAUCAACGAUUUCCACGGUUGCUUGGCUCCCCUCUACCUGCUGCCGACACGAACCGUCCCGGUCUGUCUAUCACUGCACAACGCCGAGUUCCAGGGUCUCUGGCCGUUAAGGACCCAACAAGAGAAGAAGGAAGUUUGCUCAGUUUUUAAUCUUCCUAUCGAAACCGCGACCAAAUACUGCCAGUUUGGAAACGUGCUCAAUCUUCUCCAUACAGGCGCAAGCUAUCUUCGAUUCCACCAGCGUGGUUUCGGUGCAGUCGGCGUGUCCAAGAAGUACGGAAAGCGCUCAUGGGCUCGCUACCCAAUCUUCUGGAGUCUUGAUAAAAUUGGCAGUCUCCCGAACCCAGACCCCUCGGAUACUGGUGCCGUCGGCGAUGGAGCUGAGACAAAUGUUUCAAUCCCGUCUCCCGAAGAUCGGAUUAGAGACAAAUUGCAGGCGCAGAAGUGGGCUGGUCUGAAGGAAGAUCCCAAUGCCGAUCUUCUCGUGUUUGUCGGACGGUGGUCGAAGCAGAAGGGUGUUGAUUUGAUCGCUGAUGUUAUGCCAGCGAUACUGUCAGCUAGACCUCACGUCCAGCUGAUCUGCGUUGGGCCCAUCAUUGACCUGUAUGGCAAGCUGGCUGCUAUCAAACUGGAGCGCAUCAUGGCCAUGUUCCCAGGGCGCGUGUUCUCCAAGCCAGAGUUUACCAUUUUGCCUCCGUAUGUGUUUUCCGGCGCCAACUUUGCUCUGAUUCCGUCUCGAGACGAGCCAUUUGGGCUGGUUGCGGUCGAGUUCGGUCGUAAAGGUGCGCUGGGGAUUGGCUCUCGCAUUGGAGGUCUAGGUCAAAUGCCCGGUUGGUGGUACACGGUGGAAUCCGACGCGACCCGCCAUCUGUUGCAUCAGUUGAGGACUGCCAUCAAAUCCGCACUGGACUCGGACCAGGAGACCCGGGAAGAAAUGCGCACGAACUCUGCCAAGCAACGAUUCCCUGUGUUGGAAUGGAUCCAGAAGUUGGAAACCUUGCAACAGACGGCCAUCCAGAUCCAUCAUACAAAGAACAAAAACACUGUCGCUGGUCCCAUGCCGGAGCCGCAGAUCUACUGGGAGAUGCAGAACAUGCGGGACUCCACAACAAGUCUGCCUGGAUUGGCCCAGUCUGUUCCAGACGGUCUGGAGACUCCGCCUUCAAGAGUGAUGCUGAACGCCGAGUCGCGGCUUCAAGAACUGCAGACGGACGACGGAAACAGGAGCAGUCUAGGUCGUAAACUCUCCCUCGGCCGACGAGCUGGACCUGGCCAGGGCAGGAACCGUCUGGUCAAGAAGUCACUUCGCGACAGUCAGGUCGUCGAGAGCCAGCUGGAUGAGGAGGCCACCGAUGCAGAAGUCGAUGAGGAUGACUCCAAUUCGCACCGGGUGGACUACAUCUCCACUGAUGAGGCCAUGAGGGCAGUCAGCCACGCUCUUGGAUUUCAAGACAAUGGCGAGUCGGUAGGAAAUGGAAAUGGAAAUCGGAACAGCGUUACGCCGCCGUACCAUUCCAUGCCAGGCUCACCGUACUUCGUCUCGCGGGCUUCGUCGCCAGCGCCGAGGACGCCUUCUGAUAUGCCUCAAUACCCAUUCCAAUUGGCACUUAAUUCCGGCGAGGGCAUGCCGUUUGCCCACUCCCGCAAUGUCUCCGUUCUGUCUCUGCCUUCAGUGAUGGGCGACCACAAUCAGCAAGUCUUCGAGUUGCAAAAGGUCGACCCGACCUUUACGGACAGCAUGGGCCACUUCACCCGGCGAUUCGAACAGCUGCUCAACAAGUUGGACAAGAAGAACUCAAUGACGGACUGCUGCAUCGAGACCUACUUGAUGAAGAGCGAGCGCAAGUUUUAUAACAUGUACAACGACGCGCAGCUGAAGAAACACCAUGCCAAGGAGUCUAUUUCUUCUUCGGCCAGCCCGGACCAGCUCGACCAUGAGACGCAAUAUAACCGCCUCUCGACCGCCACGGCCGGUUCGGACCCGAGCGACUCCGAUGAAAUCGAUCGCUGGCUUUCCCGGCUAGGAUACAGGCGCCCUAUGGCCAUUCAGCGAUUCAUGCGACGACGGAUCGGAAACUGGCCCGUCUACGCUCUGUUCCUAGGCCUUGGACAGAUCAUCGCGACCAACUCCUCUCAAAUUACCCUGCUGGUCGGCCAGGUAGGCGAGACAGCAACCAAGUUAUAUGUCAUCGCAGCGAUCUACUGCGUCUCGUCGAUCGCAUGGUGGUUCAUGUACGCCCGUCUGCCAGCGGUGAUCGUCCUCAGUCUCCCGUGGUUCAUAUACUGCUUGGCGUUUAUUGUAAUUGGUGUGUCUCCCUUUGGACUGUCGGAGGUCGGGCGAGGAUGGGCCCAAAAUGUCGCUGCAGGCGUCUACGCCGUGGCGUCGUCUAGCGGUUCGUUGUUCUUCGCUCUCAACUUCGGUGACCAGGGCGCCGUCCCCGUCAAGGAUUGGAUGUUCCGCGCCAGUCUCAUCCAGGGAAUUUCGCAGCUGUACACCGUUGCACUGUGGUACUGGAGCUCCAAGGUCACCGCCACGGAAAUUGGAGGCGUGUCCACCCUCGCAUUGAGCACCUGGAGGCUCACGGCCGUGGUGAUGCCGAUUGCCGCGGUAUGCUUCCUCAUCGGCGUGAUCCUCGCCCUGGGCCUGCCCAAAUACUACCGCCAAGCACCCAGUCGGAUCCUCUUCUUCUACACAUCGCUCUUCCGUCGCCGCAUCGUCCUCUGGUUCUUCUUCAUGGUCAUCGUGCAGAACUGGUUCCUCGCCGCCGCAUUCGGCCGCAACUGGUCGUUCCUCUGGUCCUCCAAACACGCCAAGACAUGGGAGGUCGUCAUCCUCGUGGUCGGCUUCUUCAUAAUCCUCUGGGUGCUCAUUCUUUUUGUCUUCCGCGCGCUGUCCAAGGAGCACAGCUGGAUCCUUCCCGUCUUCGGACUCAGUCUGGGCUCCCCGCGCUGGGCACAAACAUGGUGGGGAACGUCCAAUAUCGGGUACUAUCUCCCUUGGGCGGGGAGCCUGACGUCUGGUGCCAUCGUCUCCAGAUGUCUGUGGCUCUGGCUCGGUGUCCUCGAUGAGAUCCAGCAGGUUGGUUUGGGUAUGAUCCUCCUGCAGACUCUGACAAGAGUGCACGUCUGCUUUGUCCUCCUGGCUGCGCAGGCCGUGGGAUCGAUCGCUACCAUCUGCGCGCGCGGAUUCGCACCGAAUAGACUCGGUCCUGACGGCAUCUCGCCAAAUGUCGGCACGUCGGUGGAUAAGAUUGCCAAUGCGUGGUUCUGGAUUGCCCUGUUCUUCCAGCUUUUGGCCAGCUUUGGAUUCCUCCUGUUCUACCGUAAAGAGCAGCUUAAUCGGCCAUAA